UGACACCUUCAGAGUUAGAACACUGGUUCAAGAAGACGAUGUCCUAUUUCAAGACUAUACGGAUAAAGUCAGAUACAUGAAGAAACUCAUGCUCCAGGGCCUCAAGAUGUACGGAGAGGAGCGUUCGAAUAUAGUUAAGAUAACCCAAAGUGAAAUAAACUUGUGUAUGGAUAAAUUUGCCGCCAAAAACAAUAACCCGUUCAAUUACGACGACGCUGUUGAAACAAUGAUCUUGAAGAUUCUUGCAGAAGUUAUAGGCGGGGUUCAACUAACUGACGACCACCCUCAUAUCAAAGGCCUUGCCGAGAUGACAUAUAAAGCUGGAAGAGCACUGUCAGCAGGCAAUGGCGAAGAACUAGACAUAUUUCCAUGGCUACGGUUUUUCGGAAAUCAGAAUUAUAAACUACUGAAGGAGUCAUGUAGACUAAAAGCUACUGUAAUUGGGGAAAUGCGGACAGAAUGUGAGAAAUCACUUGAAUCCAACCACAGCGUCAUGGGAGUGUUCAUAAAAGCCCAGAGGGACCCCUUAACACCACACCAAAUAUCAGAUUCUAACAUUAUUGAGGUGUCAGGGGAU